AAAUCGCUUUUUCCGGAUUUUAAUUUUGUUUGGGAUUUAAUUUUCCCGAUAAAUCCUUUAAAUCUUUCGUUAUUGGAUAAAAUAAAUAUUUUUACGCAAUAUUCCGUUAAUACGUCGUUUUUUUGGUAUUUUUAUUUUAUAUUAUAUAUUAAUCGUUUUUUUGUAAAUUCGUUUGGUAAUAUAAUUUCGAAUCCUGGUCGGCCUUUAAUUUUUGGAAAUAAUAGGUGGUAUUUUCUUAAAUUAUCCUUUUUUUUAAUUAAUUUGCUCGCAAAUCCAACUCCUAAUAAUAUUGGCGGAGCGGUUUUUGGCAAUUUUAAAAAUGGUUAA